AUGCUUAGCGAUGAGCUCAAGCUCAAAGUCAUACCUGAGACUGAACGCGUGUCGCAAUUUUUGAAGACGAGCAAGAACCAAGCAUCUGUGUUCAUGGUAAUGGGUAUCAAAUCGAUCCGCGGUGCCGGUGUCAAAACCGAAUCCAACAAAGGGCGGGGUUGGGCUGUUGAGCUGAGUGUUGGGCUUGAGACUGGAGACAGCGAAGGGAAGGCCACGAUAUUCGCAUUUGAGCUGACGCGACUCAAGCUCUCUGACUCAGGUGACCUCAUGACCUUUGGGGCCGACUUGGAAACUCUUGAUAAACUACAGAGCAGACUGGACAAGGAGUUUGGAGAGGCCACAUUCACAGUCUUCCGCACAAUCGAUGAAUAA